AUGUUCAUUAAGUUUAUACGAUUUUUAUCUGAAAAAAACUUCAAAGCAUACACAUAUUUUAUAGGUCUCGCCGGCGUUAUUGCAGGUUACCCCCUGGAUACAAUAAAGGUCCGCCUUCAAACACAGAAUGUCACUUUUCCUCAAUACAACGGUAUACUCCAUUGUCUUCGCUGUAUUAUAUCGCAGGAGGGGCCAAUUGCAUUGUAUAAAGGAAUGACAAGCCCUCUUGCGAGCAUUGCAAUGGUGAAUGCUUUAUGUUUUGCUGCACACGACCAAGUUUCAAAACAAUUUACUGAUAAGCACUCCAUUACAACAAAUUUUUUCGCUGGUGCUGCCGCUGGUGCUUGUCAGGCGUUUGUCGUAUCUCCCAUGGAACUGCUUAAAAUACGCCUACAAAUACAAACAGAAAUGGAAAUAUCAAAUUCCCCUUCUGAUAUAGCCAAGAAGAUACUUCGUGAGAAGGGCGUGCGUUAUCUCACUCGAGGUUUUCUUUCGACGCAAGUACGUGAUUGCCCAGCAAUGGGUGUAUAUUUUGCCUCAUUCGAAUACAUUGGUCGUCAAAUUAGUAGCACUAACAACAUUGAGGGGCUUAAUUCUUGGCAAUUGUUACUAGCCGGUGGUGGUGCAGGAAUGCUCUCAUGGUUGGCUAACUAUCCUUCUGAUAUUAUCAAGACUCGUUUCCAAGCUGACGAGAGAUACUCAAAUUCGGAAGUGAUUCGCCGAAUAUAUCUAGAGGGUGGUCUACGUGCCUUCUAUGUUGGCCUAGGUUCUACUUUAGUCAGAGCUUUUCCUGCAAACGCUGCUACAUUCUUUGCGGUUGAAUGGACAUAUCGGUUAUGGUUGCGCAGGCCUAUAGUUUCAAUUGACUCUACCCUUCAGCAUGAGGAAAGACAGGUUUUGACUGCUGCUGCUGGCCUAAUGAUGAUUCAGUCAGAGGCAGGGCGCACGUUAUUUGAACCAAUAUUAGUCAUUUGA